GUACGCUUAGUAACAGGGAUAAAUCUAGCUAAAGCUUUAAUUUGACGUUCAACGAAAACAAAAACAAAAUGGUCAGCUUGAGUGGAGCUCUUGCGGCUACUUGGGUUCCAUUUGUAGUGAUAAUAAUUCUUGCCUUGCUGUUUUCAGUAGUAUAUAUUAAGUAUUUUAUGAGCAAGUAUGAUCCAUCGUUAUCAACAACAUUAUCUGGGAUUAUCUCCCUUACCAUUGCCUUGUUGACAGUAUGUUUGGUGCCAAUAGAUGUGUUUCUAGCCUCAUUUAUGAAGAACAGUGAUGGUACUUUCAAGGAAUGGGCCAAUUCGUCAGAUACCAGGGAUUCAGUAGAGAAUACAGUAGCCAUAGGAUACUACACUCUGUAUGCACUGGUUACAUUCUGUCUGUUCUUACUGUUACCGUUUAUGUACUUCUUUUAUGAAGAAAAAGAUGAGUCAAAUCCAACGUCCUGUAAAUCUAAAUUCUGCACAGCAUCGAAGUACACAGUGGUGUUUCUGUUUAUAGCUGGUGUCCUGAUGUUGAUAGGAGGUAUUGUACCAUCAAAGACACAGCCCAAUGUUAAUGCCACAGAAUGGGAUAAUGUGAAGAAUCUGUUUAUGCAGAUGGGCACGAAUGGUGGGGAAGAUGCCCUUUCAUUUGUAAUUAGUGUAUUAAGUUUAAUUGGAAUGUUGGCUCUGAUAACAUAUACAGCAUAUGGAAUGUCAGCCUUACCAAUGAGUCUGAUAAAAGGACAGAGCAAUGCUAAAUCAGAAUUAGAGAAAGUUAAACAGAAACAAAAGGAUAAUAAAGCUCACAUUCAGUCAGUCAGAGAGAAGUAUGGUAGUAGAGGAAACAGAAACAGACAAACUGUAUCCAAGUUGGAGGAGGAUGAAAGGUUACUGGAGAGACAGGAAGCUCAUCUGGAAGAGAAAACAAACUGUUUCCACAGAUGUUUGGUUAUAUUCAGACCUUUUGAAGUGGUUAUAGGAGUAGCUUUUCAACUUCUGACAUUACUUAUAUUUCUGUCUUUACUACUUACAAACAUUGAUAAGGCUCUUCAUGGAAAAGGAUACAAACUUGGAUAUGCUCUACCAAAGAGAACAUUACCUAACCCUAUAGAUAUUGUACUAGUGUUCUGCCAAAAGGUAUUUCCACUGGACUACAUAUUGUUUACAGCAGUUGUGAUGUACCUGAUAUUCUGCUCUAUGUCAGGAGUCAGAAAUAUUGGAAUAUGGUUUUUCUGGCUAAAGAUGUAUAAGAUAAGACCUCGUCGGACAAGGCCACAAGGAAUACUUAUGUUAUGUAUGAUACUCAUGUUCAUAAUAUUGGCCAUCAAUAUAAUUGUAUACCAACUGACACCACAAUAUUCUAUGUAUGGCAGUCAGAUGUACAAGGCAGCUCAUAAUACUACAGUAAUGAAAAAGACAACAAUUUCAUAUAAGCUAGAACAUUGUUCUCUGGACACAUCUAGAGAUGAUUGUGUAAUCACAAGAAUGGCCUUGUUAUUGAACAGAUUUUUCUAUAAAAUGUGGUUCUUUGGAGCAGCUUAUUACUGGGCAACCUGGAUCUUUCUAGGGUUUAUGGUGUUAGGAUUUUUGGUGGCUGUCAUCAAGAAGAGGAAGUCAUCCAUUGAUGGAGAAGUUGAUGAAGAUGACUUUGAUGAAAGUGAUGAAGAAAUGAUACAUGCAUAAUUUACUUUGAGGAGAAAACAUUAUGAAAAUAAGUCACUAAAUUCUGAGAUGAAGAAACUAUUUAUACAUAAUUUACUUUGAGGAGAGUAAUAAGAAAAGUAAAUCACUUAUUUCAGAAAGAUAGAGAAAUGAUUUAUGCCUGCUUGAAUGAAUAUGGAGUGGUAAAGGAAUGUUUCAUAUCUGAAUUUGAGUGGUUGAAAAAUGUUUUGUACUUGAAUGACUGUGAUCAGAAUGAUAGAGAAUGAGGAGUGCUGUAUGUCUGAAUGAUUAGAUGAAUUUUUGAAUUAAUUUAAUAUUGCUUUCAGUGUCAUGGAUGAAAGUUUGCAGAAUCUGGAUUAUCAAUUUUGCGUAUGUAUGAUUUUAACCCUAACUCCUACUCCAUCCCUUAUCUAACAUGAGGGUACCCAAAUUGCACCUAUUUUGACAGUUUUUUCACCUACGUUCUUUUAUGAUCUAGAUAAAAGUUUCCAUUCUGUGUUUAUUUUGUAGAUGUAUCCUUAUUUACUAUAUAGUUACACCAAUUCAAUUUUGAAUCCAUAGUGAAUCAUUGUUGAGGGGGGAAGGGGGGGGGAAAUGGGAUGAAUAUUUGUUAAAGCUACUUUAAGUGUUUCUAUUGGGUUUGGUUCCAGGUGAAAGCGUGUAUGAUUUGCAUGUAAGUAUAUGACCUGUAAAUGUUGGUUUAAUUUAUUUAAAUGCUAUUUUUAUAUAUUGUAAAGUUUAUUUAUAAUGCUUAUUUGUUUAUUACAACAGUGCAUAUGUUACUUAGAGAUUUAUGUGCUUGUUAAUGUUCUUUCAUAUAAAGAUAAUUAUUAAAUAAUGAUAUGACCUUUAAUAAGCCAUUCCUAUGAGUAUGUAAUAUAUAAGUCAUAAAUAGACUGAUUCAAUAUAAUGGGCUUGGACAUUAUACAAGUGUUUCAGGAUGGGGAUUUGACAUGUAUCCAUGUGCCAGUUUGUGCUUUUAUUAACAAAUGACAUUUGAGGUUAUGUUUUAAAUUUAUUUUUUUAUUCCCUUGCUCAAUUUUUUAUGUUUCAUUUUUUCCCAUUAUCAAAAGUGCAAACUUGAGAACAAGUAAAAAAUGAAGUUAAAAAUCUAUUUGUAUUUAUCUUAAGUUAUUAAUACAUUUAAUUCAGCUGUCAAUAUUUUCUCAGUGUAGUGUCCCUGAACCAGAUAAUUUGUUUGAUAUAACAUAAUAAUAACAGUUAUGUUUCAUACAAAAUGAGCUUUGAUAAAUUUACCAUAUAUAUAUAAUAACAAAGCACAAUCAGGAUAUAAGGAUAUAACAAUUAAUGGCUUUUGAAAGAUAAGCAUAACUAUUUAAGAAACUUUGAUGUUGCUUAAUGUAUAUGAUUUAUAAACAAAUAUGAAAUUAUUUUUAACUAGGGUUUCCAAACAUCUAUUCAGUUUCUGUUUAUAUCUGAACAGCAUUUAUUAAUUGCUUAUAAAGACAGAUUGGAAGAGAAUAAACUUAAUAUUAUCCUAUGAUAACCAAGUAUAUUAUAUCUGCUAUACAGUGCUGGCUUAAUGUAAACUGCUGUCAUAUCUAUGACUUAUACUUCUAUAUUUGACAUAUUUAUUUUGUAAUAAAAUGAAUUUGAAAUAAU